UCAAAAGUCCCCGAACUUAAAAGAAAUCUCAGACUGACACAAAAAGCUAAAAACUUUCCACAUAGAGAGAAAAAAGAAGAAGAGAGAGAUGGAGAAAAGGCUCUCAGAGGCAGCAAUGGAAGGAAACAUUGCGACCCUCAAAGAGUUACUCUUAGAAGACCCUCUCCUUCUUGACAGAACCAUUGUUUCUUGCGUAUCAGAGACUCCUCUUCACAUAUCUUCCAUGUUGGGCCACUUGGGUUUCGUCAAGGAGUUACUGAGUCUUAAGCCCGAGUUGGCCUCCGAGUUCGACUCACACGGGUCCUCCCCUUUGCACCUUGCAACAGCAAAAGGGUACCUGGAGAUAGUCAAAGAGCUGUUGUUGGUGGAUCCUGAGCUUUGUAUGGUGAGGAACCAAGAUGGGAGGACCCCACUCCACGUGGCGGCUGUCAAGGGCCGAGUUAAGGUGGUGAGUGAGUUGGUUCGAGUCAAGGCUGAGUCCACCCGGGUGCUCACGGACCGAGCUGAAACGGUGCUGCACUUGUGUGUGGGGCAUGUUAGGUUGGAGGGGUUGAAAGUUUUGGUUGAGGCAAUUGGGAAAGAUGAUGAAUUGGUGAAUUGGAAGGAUUGUGAUGGGAAUACUAUUUUGCAUAUUGCUGUGUCCAAAAAGCAGAUUGAGACCAUAAAAUUUUUGCUUGCCAAGACUAGUGUUGAUGUGAAUGCACUGAAUACAAAUGGCUCUACAGCUUUUGACAUUCUAAUACAGAGUCCCAGAGAUUUGAGGGACAUGGACAUUGAGGAAUUUCUUCGAGAUGCUGGGGCUUUAAGUGCAAAAGAUAUACGUCCGAUUGUGCAAGAAUGGGCUCCAACAAAAGUUCCUCAAAUAACUAAAUCUCUAACCUCAACACUAACCACGAAAGAGAGUGGUUCAGAGAGGCCAGUAGUGAAGCAUCAACAUACUGAUUGGCUUGGUAGGAAGAGAAGUGCAUUGAUGGUGGUGGCAUCUCUUAUUGCAACUGUGGCCUUUCAAGCUGGAAUAACCCCACCAGGAGGUGUGUGGCAAGAUGACCUCACGGUUGAUAAUAAUGGGAACCCUGUGAAAAACCCUCACAUCGCUGGAACAGCAGUCAUGGCAUACACUGAUUCACUUGAGUAUGGUCAGUUCAUGAUUUUCAACACAAUUGCUUUCCUCGCAUCUCUAAGCAUAAUUCUUCUACUUGUCAGUGGCUUACCAAUAAAACGUCGGAGAUGGAUGUGGAUUCAAAUGGUAAUUUUGUGGAUUGCCAUCACUGCACAAGUGGUAACUUAUUUUAUCUCUCUACGUCACAUGUCCCCAGAUAAAGUGCAAGGCAUGCUGCGUGAUGUUACUGAGAUAUCAGUCUUAACCUGGUUGGCGCUAAUUAGUGUCGUGUUCAUAGGCAAUAUUAUUCGUAUGAAUUUGUGGGUUCUCAGAAAGUAUGGUUAUAUUAAGGCGAAAGAGUUAGCAGUACCUAAUGCUGAAAUUGAUGAUGACCAAGAAGAGGUGUGA